AUGACAAAUCUGCACUUACAUGCAAGCGGAGUAUUUAGUAAUGUUUACAGGAUAACUUUUGACUUUGAGAGGUACACUUUUAUCACCUGGAGAUGCACCGAGAGAAAUCGCUAUAAAGAAAACAUGGCCAGAACAUGUAAACCGCCAACAUGCAGCCAGCACGCAAAUGUUUCCAACAUGGGGAAGCAGUUAACUAACACUAUGAUAGAUUUGCAGAUAUGCGAAUCGUUUGUCUUCGAUUUUAUGCCUGACACAUUGGGAACGUUGAUCGAGAAUAAUUCGUUGGAUACUGUCGAUAUAAAACUCUACACGUGGCAAAUGUUCAAUGGUUUACAGUAUCUCAGUAGGUUACAAAUAAUGCAUCGCGACAUAAAACCGGUGAAUAUACUCGCAGAUCACGCUCAAGGGCUUUUGAAAAUCGGCGAUUUUGGUUCAGCAAAAAUCGUACGACCAGGAAUGACGUCAACACCAUAUCAAGUGACUAGGUUUUAUCGUCCACCGGAACUGUUACUUGGAGCCGAGAACUAUAAUUGGACAAUCGAUAUCUGGUCUGCAGGAUGUGUAUUAGGUGAGAUGGUUAAGGGUAAUGUUCUUUUCCCUGGUCGAGAUACGAAGCACCAAUUGAAGCUAAUUCGUCGAGCCCUCGGAAGUCCUACAGAAGCAGAUUUAAGGUUUGGUUCUCGUAAAAUUUUACACUUGUAA